AUGAUAGAAAUUGAUGAAGGAUUUGAUGGACAGGGGAGGAAAGAGAAGAGAAAAAUCAACGUAAUUUUGUUUACUAAGAAAUUCCAUCUAACUCUUCUGAAAUUGGAGUGUUCCCUUGAAAAAUACUUUCUUGCUGCUGAGAAAAAUUACCUCAGUUCCAUAAUGAUUGUUCCAGUAAGCCCUAGCAUGAAUUCCUCCUCCUUCCUUCUCAGUGGAUUUUCUGGUCUGGAACAACAAUAUCCCUGGAUCUCCAUUCCCUUCUCCACCAUCUAUGCUAUGGUACUUUUGGGGAAUUGCAUGGUGCUCUAUGUAAUCUGGACUGAGCUGAGCCUGCACCAACCCAUGUUCUACUUUCUGGCCAUGCUGGCUGUCACUGACUUGUGCAUGGGGCUGUCCACUGUGCACACAGUGCUAGGGAUCCUGUGGGGAGUCAUUCGAGAGAUCAGCCUGGAUUUCUGCAUUGCCCAGUCUUAUUUCAUCCAUGGUCUUUCCUUCAUGGAGUCCUCUUACAUCCCUAUCAUUAGCCUAACAAUGGUGCACCGUUUCGGCAAGCAUCUGUCCCCAGUGGUUCAUGUCCUUAUGGGCAACAUCUACAUUCUUUUCCCACCUUUGAUGAACCCCAUCAUCUACAGUGUCAAGACACAACAGACUUGUAGCAGAAUGCUCAGACUCUUUUCUCUGAAAAUAUAUUGA